UUUUUAUUAAUAACGAAGGAGCCAUCCCCGUUACCUGCCGACAACCCUGAACUCCCUCACCGCCACACACAACUUUCCAUUUUCCCACGUCUCCCUCCAAAUAUCCCAAAAUUAUUUGUAAAUAUUCAGUAUAUAUAUUUCUGAAUUCUUCCAAACCAAUUUCCCUUUUCGUUUAAUUUGAAAAUUUAGGGGAGUGGAUUUUAUGAUUUUACGAGAUAUGCAAGCCAACCCACUGCAAUGGAAGGCCUCGCCGGGACUCGGUGUCGGGCUUGAAACGACGUCUUCGCCGCCGUUACUGUCGUUUUCGCAGCUGCCGUUGGGGAACUUGUCCGGUGGCACUUCUGUAAAUAGCUUGAAAACCAGGGGUUUGUUUCUAGUGAAGGCUAUGGAGGGCUCCAGGACGGCGAGCUUGAAUGGGCACGCUGGGAAUGCAGAUAAAAAUGCGAGCUUGCUGUCUUCGGUUGGAAAUUCAACCAACAUUCAGUGGCAUGAGUGUUCAUUGAACAAAAAUGACAGGCAAAAGUUACUUAAACAAAAAGGGUGCGUGAUAUGGAUCACUGGUCUCAGCGGCUCAGGGAAGAGCACUGUGGCUUGUGCUUUGGGUGGGAGUUUGUACCGCAGGGGAAAGCUGUCAUACGUUCUUGAUGGGGACAAUGUCAGGCAUGGCUUGAACCGUGACCUUAGUUUUAAAGCAGAAGAUCGUGCAGAGAACAUUCGGAGGAUUGGGGAGGUGGCGAAAUUGUUUGCAGAUGCUGGAGUUAUCUGUAUUGCUAGCCUGAUUUCUCCUUACAGAAGGGAUCGCGAUGCCUGUCGUGCAAUGCUACCUGCUGGAGAUUUUAUUGAGGUCUUCAUGGACGUUCCACUCCAAGUUUGUGAGGCUAGAGACUCGAAGGGCCUAUAUAAGCUUGCACGUGCAGGCAAUAUCAAAGGUUUUACUGGGAUUGAUGAUCCAUAUGAGCCACCAUUAAAUUGUGAGAUAGUAUUAACACAUGAAGGAGGAGUGUGUGCUUCCCCAUGUGAGAUGGCCGAAGAAGUGAUUUCUUACUUGGAAGAUAAGGGGUUCCUCGAGGCAUAGGAGGUCGGAACCCUUGCCGGAACCAUCAAAACUUUGAGCUAUACCACAAAUGCAGUGCAGAUAGCUUUUGGUGCCCGAAGUGGAUACUAUGCAUGCUUUACCAGAUAAGAGACAACAGAUGCAAAAAUCACCUGCUCUGAUAACAAGCUGUGAUUUUACCUUGUCCAACAGGAGAGAACUGACGCAAUAUUCACCUACUGAAAAGCAUUAGUUAAUUGAUUGAUUAAUUUAUGCCACAUAUUUCUAUUUCGUCUUCAUUCUUCUUCUUCUAGCAAGUAGCUCUGUACUUAUUUGAUGUUGUUUUGAACUGUGCUCUCAUUGUAAAUAGAGAAGUGGAGAAUUGGUAGGUCAGAUUC